AUGGCUCCUCCCACCUAUACUCGUCUGGAUCGAGACAAUUGUGUCUUUCUGUUUGUCGACCACCAGUCGGGUCUCAUCCAGCUAGUCCGCGAUUUUGAACCGAGCGAGUUCCGGAACAACGUGUUAGCUCUGGUCAGGGUCGCCAAAUACUUUGGAGCGCCGUCUGUUCUCACCACGUCCUUUGACACGGGACCCAAUGGGCCGAUUGCCAAGGAAAUCACCGAUGAACUUCCCGAUGCUCCCCUCAUUCGGCGCCCUGGACAAAUCAACGCGAUGGAUAACGAGGAUUUUGUCCAAGCCAUCAAGGCGACCGGAAAGAAGCAGGUUGUUAUUAGUGGUGUUUUGACCGAAGUGUGUGCGACUUUCCCGGCUCUUAGCUUGGUCGAACAGGGAUAUGAUGUGUUCCUGGUGACCGACGCGAGUGGCACGUUUGCGGAACACACGCGGGAAGCAGCCCAUAAGCGCUGUGUGCAGCAUGGUGUGCAGCUCCUCAACUGGGCGGCGGUCGCUGCGGAGUUGCACCGAGACUGGCGUCGGGACAUCAGUGGAUUUGGCGCGAUCUGGCGCGAUCACGUCCCUGGAUAUUGGUGUUUGAUGCAGAGUUAUGAAUCGGCGGCUGAGAAUGCUCAAAAGUAA